AUGAUCACUACUGAGGGCACUUUUCAACGUCAAGUCGAACCCGGUCGUAUAUUGACUAUGCCUACGGAUGGUACUGGCUUAGUGGUUCUGGAUCCUUGGCUUGAACCUUUCAAAGAAGCUUUACGUACAAGAUAUGCUCACUUCCAAUGGUUCAAAUCAAAGGUGGAUGAACAAGGUGGAUUCGACAAGUUUACACAAGGACACAAGUAUUUUGGCUUUCAAACGGCUUUGGAUGGAACCAUUACCUAUCGUGAAUGGGCACCUAAUGCUGAAACUGCAAGUCUUGUCGGCGACUUUAAUAGCUGGGAUGUUGAUGCCAACCCUAUGACAAGAAUCAAGGAUAAUGUGUUUGAAGUGGUCGUCAAGCCAACUGCUACAGGGAAACCUGCUAUUCCACACAAUAGCAAAGUCAAGAUUACAAUGACCGUGCGUGGCACAGGAGAACGCAUUUAUCGACUACCUGCAUGGAUACGGCGGGUGACACAAGAUCUUAGUGUGAGCCCAACAUACGACGCUAUAUUCUGGAAUCCAGAGCACCCUUACACUUUUAAACAUCCACGCCCAAAACGUCCCUCCACCUUGCGUGUUUAUGAAGCUCAUGUGGGCAUUUCAUCCAACGAGCCAAGGAUAGCCACUUACAAGGAAUUCGCUCAAAAUGUCAUUCCACGCAUUGCUUAUCUCGGCUACAACGCGAUUCAAUUGAUGGCUAUCAUGGAGCACGCCUAUUAUGCUUCCUUUGGAUACCAAGUCACCUCGUUUUUUGCGCCAUCCUCACGUUACGGCUCACCAGAAGAUCUCAAGGAACUGGUAGACACAGCACAUAGUUAUGGACUUACCGUGCUUUUGGAUGUUGUUCAUUCGCAUGCCAGCAGCAAUGUCCUUGAUGGGCUUAACAUGUUUGAUGGUUCACACGAAUGCUAUUUCCAUGGUGAUGGACGUGGACGACAUGAGUUGUGGGAUUCACGCCUUUUCAAUUACGGCUAUCUUCCAGUGAUGCAGUUUUUGCUUUCCAACUUGAGAUAUUGGAUGGAUGAGUAUCAGUUUGACGGCUUUCGAUUUGACGGCGUCACAAGCAUGUUGUACAAGCAUCAUGGCAUUGGUUAUGGUUUCUCGGGCGACUACCACGAGUAUUUUGGUGACUUGGUGGAUGAGGAUGGUGUCAUGUAUCUACAAAUGGCCAACGCUUUCUUGCAUGAUUUGUAUCCACAAGUCAUCACCGUUGCAGAAGACGUAUCCGGUAUGCCAGGCACAUGUCGACCUGUGGAUGAAGGUGGUGUUGGCUUUGACUACCGAUUGGCAAUGGCUAUUCCUGACAUGUGGAUCAAGCUUCUCAAGGAGAAAAAGGAUGAUGAUUGGAACAUGGGCAAGAUCGUGCAUACACUCACCAAUAGACGCCAUCUCGAGAAAGCGAUUACAUAUUGUGAAUCCCAUGAUCAGGCAUUGGUGGGCGACAAGACGCUUGCUUUUUGGUUGAUGGAUAAGGAGAUGUAUACGCACAUGAGUGAUUUGACCGACCGCACACCGAUCAUUGAUCGUGGUAUGGCUCUUCAUAAGCUCAUCAGAUUGCUCACUUAUGGAUUGGGUGGCGAAGGCUAUUUGAAUUUCGAGGGAAACGAAUUUGGACAUCCGGAAUGGCUCGAUUUUCCUCGACAGGGCAACGGCUCUAGCUUCCAUUAUGCACGACGACAAUGGCAUGUGCUUGACGAUCCGUUGCUGCGGUACAAGUACUUGAAUGAAUGGGAUAAGGCGAUGCAACAUUUAGAGCAAAAGUACAAGUGGUUGGAUGCGCCGCAGGCUUAUGUGUCACGCAAACAUGAAGGAGACAAAGUGAUUGUCUUUGAACGAGCCAACCUAUUAUUCAUCUUCAACUUGCAUCCUACGCAGUCGUUUGCCGACUAUCGCAUUGGCAGUAAUAUCACUGGUAAACUCAAGGUGGUGUUGAGCUCGGAUGAAUCCCGCUUCUUUGGUCAUGAACGCAUUGACAUGGACGGCGAAUAUUUUACCACCGCCGGUGAUUGGGAUGGCAGAGCAAACUGGUUACAGGUGUAUAUUCCCAGUCGCACUGCCUUGGUGUUGGGCAAAUCAGAUGAUGUUUCCCACACUUAA